UUUCCAUUAGGUUGACUUGACUUGACAUUGACACUCUCCAAAAUCCCAUGUGCAAUCAAUUUACAAUACCAAAUAAUCGGUCCAGCAACCCUUGACCAAAGCACAAUGCUUCCCUUAAGAGACCAAAAGUCAAUCUACCAAACGCCAAAAUGUUACUUCACAUAUGGCACCAUGGUUCACGUUGAUCCGAAGCAGCCACCCUCGAAAGGCAAGCCGUGGACAGCGUUAGCAUCACGAGAUUUCAUUCACCAGGUCGAUUUGAUUCUCCCACAAGAAAUAUUCAGUAUAUUUCAGCAAAAAGUGCUCAACAGCCACAUGCCGCCCCAAUACAAAAGGGUCACCAUGACCCUUGGGCAAGUUUUAGAGAAAGAUUUCUUUCAGGAGUAUCUCAAGAUAGGCGACAUCAUCAUGCUUUCUGAAGGGAGACCAGGGCAAGACAAUGUCUUCACUAUAAAGGAUGGCAAACUCACCAUGUAUCUGGACCGAGAGACGUACGAACGUGCCGGAAUGGUUGGUACCACGCAUGGCGUCAAAGGCGAUAGGGGUUUGAGACCACGAUGGAUCGUGGAAUAUGAUCUUCGAGCCCCGGCCAGCUUUCCUGGCAAGAAGGGAUUCGACCGGUUGAUCUAUGCCACCAAGAAUGCCCUAAGUUUCCCAGUCACCUGGCUAUUUUGCAAUCUUGGCAAAACGCCCGAGCCUGACCCAUUACUAGCCCACUUCCCGACAGCAUACACCUCUACCCCAGGCAUCACCCAUGACUUCCCAGUUCUCAUCCCAGCGUUGAAACCAGAGUCAAAUUCUGUUAUCAAAGAUGACAGAGACGAAGCUGAGAGGUUCGCCACCGAGACGUACGAAUGGCUCUCACUCGUUCGUCUAGGAAGCCCAAGAGUCUUGGUUGGCGAUAAAGUUGACCCGUACAUCAGCCAAUACACUCUUCCCGAAGGUCCCCAAGACCAGGAACCCUCCCCUGGCAGCGUCUGCAAGAUCACUUGGCGUGGCCUUCUAACCGCUGAUUGGGCUCGGAGCUUGUUCAUGGAGCUUCUUGUUGCCUUGCCUUCCAAGUCAUGGUUUUCCCUGAGUAUCAACAGCUUUGCCAUGUCGAAGGGUUUGGCGGCAGAUAGCACGGACUUGACAAUAAUGCGCCCACCUAAUACGCCGGGAGAGUAUCUUCAGUGGGAGAUCAAAGGCCAUGAAUGAGCCUUAGGUCCGUUCGGGGCUUUGUCGUUUCCCUUGCUCUCAGGGGUAAUCUUCCCCAGAUCGGAUACUGUAACGCGAAGUGGGGUAUCCCACCAGCUCCAAAAUAAAUGUCAUAGAGAGGCCGAUCCAGUAAGGAUUAUUAAAUCAAAUUUGAGAUCUUUGGGCUUCCUCAGUCUUGCCUCGCCCGGACGUUGCGAUCUCCCGAAAGCUCCUCCCCGGAUAUCACCUGCAUUAUCAGCUGGCGAAGCUCAGCCUGAGCCUCGGGAGUGUCGUGGUCAUCCCUUGCGGCAAACUCGUCGAUUAGACGCUUGAUUUCAGGGUUCGGUCCCGGUCCAUCCUCCGCGGGAUCAUUCAUUGUGCCCAUCGUGACGGACAAGCCUUGCGGCACAGGCGGGAGACCAGCCGCGGAAUCGCCAUUGACACCGUUCGAGUGGCCAUUGACGCCACCUGCAUUGCCCUCCCUGGCCUUCAACCACUCGGCGACCUCGGGAAACUCUUCCUCGGCCUCGAUCUUUUCACGCGCGGUCAACCCUUCGCUCCCCUUGAUCUUCUCAUCCAGCCCCAGCUCCUCGACCAGCACGCGCGCCGCCUCAACGGUCUCGACAACGAAGAGAGCCGUCUCGCCGUCCUCGUCGCGCAGGUCGACGGGCACGGAGAACUCGCGGACCAGCGUGCGCAGGAGGUCGAGGUGGUUGUAGGAGGCGGCGGCGUGGAUCAGACUGUAGCCGUGCUCAUCCUGCUGCGAUGCCAUGGAGGGGUUCUCACGCAGGAGCGGGAGAAGCUCGGGCUUGUUGUCGGCCGCGAGGAGGUAUGGGUUCUGCGCCAUGGCUGUGAGAGUUUUACUGGGUUGUUAACGUUGCUUUGACUGUAGCGCGUUGUGAAAAGCGAAGAGCUGCCGGUGGUAGAUGCUUUAGUUAUGGCUCUGCUCAGCGGGGUAUUUUUUAUCGCGCCGGCAAAGAAGCUUGCGCCGAGGAAGGUCUGAAGAGAGAGAAAAUUUAGUGUGGGGUAGCUUGUAAAUGGUGCUGCAGAACGUCACUAAGUGGGGUCAAGUAACGAUUUACCCCAACGUCAAUCUGUUUAUUCGUUGAUAUUUCGUUCCUUGGACAAACCACUAACCACUCACUCCAUGGCGCCACUCGGCACCUCAUACAUUAGGAGG